AUGUCUGUAGAAUCGAAUGUUGCGACGAUAUCAGUGCUAUUAUUAUUGUUAGCAUCCACUGCCAAUGCCUUAACCCGUGUCUUUGAUGUGAGAAAUUAUGGAGCAAAGCCUAAUAUUGAUAUCACCCAGGCUGUGACAAGAGCUUGGAAAGAUGCAUGUGCAUAUCCAGGUUCGAGUAAAGUUGUAGUUCCAGCAGCAACAUACAGAGUUGGCACAGUAAUUUUUCUUGGCCCUUGCAAGGGUCCUAUCGAGUUUAAUGUUCUAGGCAGCAUACAUUCCCCAGGAGACCCCAAAUACUUCACGGGGGAUACUUGGAUCAGUUUCGCACAUAUCGACCACUUAACUGUUUCAGGCACUGGAGAUUUUGAUGGUCAAGGAGGAACUGCUUGGGGUAGAAGUGGUUGUUCCAAAACUAGCUAUUGCAUCCAUCUUCCCAUUAGCCUAAGGUUUGACUACGUCACCAAUUCAAUAGUCCAGGACAUAACAUCAUACAACAGCAAACAAUUCCACAUCAAUGUUUUGGGGUGCCAAAAUCUUACAUUCAACCAUGUUACCAUCACAGCACCUGCCAAUAGCCCGAAUACAGAUGGAAUUCACAUUGGACGUUCAACCAAGAUUAAUGUGAUUAAUUCAAAGAUUUCAACUGGAGAUGACUGUAUCUCCCUCGGUGAUGGCAGCCGGGAUAUACUUAUCCAAGGAGUAAAUUGUGGACCUGGCCAUGGAAUCAGCAUAGGAAGUCUUGGUAAGUAUCAGAAUGAACAACCCGUGUCUGGAGUCAGAGUUAUUAGCUGCAAUCUUAUGAACACAAUGAAUGGUGUGAGAAUCAAAACAUGGCCUGACUCUUAUCCUGGCUCUGCCUCUGAUAUUCAUUUUGAGAACAUUACCGUGACUAACGUCGACUUUCCUAUCCUCAUAGACCAAGGGUACUGCCCAUGGAAUACGUGCAAACCAGAGAUUCCCUCUAAAAUCAAGAUCAGCAAUGUUAGCUUCAAGAACAUAAGAGGCACUUCUCGUACAAAGAACGUUGUCGUGAUUGUUUGCAGUAAGUCACUACCAUGUCAGAACGUGGAGCUCCGUGACAUAGACCUCAAAUACAAUGGAAAAGAUGGCCCUGCAACUUCCCGAUGUGUUAAUGUUAAUCCCAUCAUCGGUGGCACCCAGAAUCCUCCUGCUUGUACCAUCAGAACUCUUAACAAGAAUGAUUAUUAA